AGACAGAAGAUCCUCAAAAGGAGCUCGCAGCAGAACAUCCACGUGAGACAUGCAUUGGGAGGGUCCUCUGUGUUACCAAGGCCGACACAUUCACAGAGACAAAGUGACAAGGAACUUCUGGAGGAGGAUGUGCCAGGACAGACAUCCUCAGAGGAAGCCUCAGGGGUUCACAUGAUGCGCGUGGACCCAGCCACACUGGUGAAGUUUGUGCCGGAGCAUCUGCAGGAGUGGUCCAGUGACAGCGAAGGCGGACCCAGAGGAUGUGGAGAAAUCCUCAGGAGUUCCCCAAAGGAACUGGGAGACUCCACCAUUACAGGCAGCCAUCAGCAGACGUCAGCAAGUCCCUCCGCUGCCUCUGCAGAAGCAGCAACAGAAAAGACAAAAGUGGAAGAGGAAGUGAAAACCACGCAUCCCUGCCCCUGCCCCUUUAUUUUAUUGUCCUUUUUAUUGUCCCUGCCCCUUCUGCUUCCAUGGUGGAAGCAGGGGGAGCAAAACCGAAAAACAUCUGCUGAAGAACGGAAAGGAAGUCAAAAAGCAAGCAGGACCCUUACCACAGGUAAUAAGCAGCUGAAAUGA